CCUCAUCUGCGGGUUCAGACCGAAGUUACUGAGGCCAGCCGGUGCUAAUUGAGGGACCAUAGGGCUGGCCAUGUAACCGUUCUGAGGUGUGGUAGCCAUGGAGGGCAUACCUUGAAGUGACACAUUCUGAGGUGCCAUGUUCUGAUAUGUCGUAGUCUGAGACGACAUGCUCUGCCAGUUGGAGGACGUGGUAGUCUGCGAUAGCAUAUUCUGCAACCAAAUGUCCUGGUCAGUCAUCUCUUGGAUCGACAUCCCCUGCCAGGCCCCAUUGGGCAUAUUGUUGCCCACACGCCUAGCCGCCGGGUUCGGGUUCUGGAAGCCAGGCGCAGGCGCGCCUGGCAUCCGAGAGACGCCGAACCCAGUCGGCCCAGCCAUGUGGGCAUUCUGGGCAUUCUGGGUCGGCAUGCCGGGGGCCUGGAAUACCAUACGCUGCUGAUGGCUCAUGGGCGAUGUCAUAUUGUUGCCCAUUGUCAUGGUAUUCUGGGCGGUAUAUGUAGGGAUAGGUCUCUGAGAGACCUGAGGGAUGGCCGUGCAGCCAGUCUGAG